UGGCUGAUUUUAGCAUCUGAUCUUCCCCAGACUGACACACUGACCCAAUUUUUCUCUCACAAGUCAACCAUAGCUUGGUUCACCUACAUCACCAUUGCCUAUCUAGGAGCAACACCGAAGUGACUAUCAGGUUAAGGAAGAGCCCACUGAAUGAUCUAUUAAACAAGUGAGGAGUUUGGUGGUUGAACUGUUUCAUGAAUUAUUUGGGAAUUAGAAUGGUGAAGUUCACAGCUGCAGCAAGAGACUCCAUUGAUGCAGUUUCUGCAAUUCAUAAGCGCUCAAAAAGUGAUUGUGAAAAGAGAAUCAAGAAAGAUAAGCUGGAUGCAUUGAUCCAAUCAUUUCAUCAUGUUAGUGUGGAUAAAGAAGAAGACAUUCUAGCUGAAAUGAACAAAAGAUCAUCGCCAAAAUAUCUGAUUGAAAGCUCUUUAAAGACAGAGAUCCUACAACUGGAAAAAUGCCUCAAAGAUCAGAUUGUGGUACGCCGGGCACUCGAAAAAGCACUGCAGCACGACAUUUCUUAUGUUGAUGAAUCAUCUAUUAGUUGCAUCCCAAAACCAACAAAGGAACUAAUAAGAGAGAUUGCAAUGUUAGAGUUAGAAGUUGUGCAUUUGGAACAACAUCUUCUAUCCCUCUACCGGCGAGCAUUUGAGCAACAAAUACCCAAUGCACCACACCAUGCCGUCGAAGAUGAAACUACGCGACUGCUAGUUCCACAAUCAGCACCAUUUCCAGAAUCUGCCUCGCAUGAUCUGUCUUUUAGAGAAGUAGCAUCGGCAGUUCGAGGUCAAGAGAAGAAUAGCCGCAGAAUUCACCGCAGCCAUUCGUCGUUAGUGCCACGUUCAGUUCGUUCAGCUACAGGGAUACCUUGUGCUAAAAAUCUAGCUCGAGCGUUUGGGGCAUGCCAUACUCUACCACUGUCUUUCCUUGAACAUGAGCAAAGCUUCAAUUCAGGGGUGACGAGCCUCGCAGAACACCUCGGAACUACAAUCAAGCAUCACAUUCCUGAAACACCAAACAGACUCUCUGAAGACAUGGUCAGGUCAAUGUGUGCCAUCUAUUGCAAACUUAGGGACCAUCAUGGUGUUUCAUCUUCACCUACCUCCUCCUUCUCGUCAAGGACCACUUUCUCUCCCCGUUAUACCAGAGAAUUGUGGAGUCCUUGUCGUAAGAGGGAUGCAAUUCUUGACGCCUGGUUUGACAAUUCUAGAUGUUCUGAAAGAUUGAAGGAGUUAAGCGGACCUUACAGUAUGAUGGUAGAAGUGUCUUCCAUUUGCAAGGCCAGUAGAAGGUGCAGUGAUAUCCAAGAAAUGCUGCAAAGCUACAAAGUGCUUAUGCAGAAACUGGAAACAGUUGACCUAAGAACGAUGAACAACGAGGAAAAGAUCGCAUUCUGGAUCAAUAUCCACAACGCAAUGACGAUGCAUUCAUACUUGGAGCAUGGGAUUCCAGGAAGCAACAUGAAAAAGGCUUCAUUGGCCACCAAGAAUGUGUACAAUGUUGGCCGUCGAAUGGUAAAUGCUGAUACUAUACAGGGUUUCAUACUCGGUUGCCGAAUGCAUCCUCCUGGGCAGUGGCUGAGGGCAUUACUCUCCUCGAGAGUAAAGAUCAAAGACAAUGAUGAAUGGAAAGCCUUUGCCAUUGAAAGCUCUGAACCUUUAAUUCGCUUCGCACUUUGCUCAGGGAGCCAUUCGGAUCCUGCAGUUCGAGUGUACAACCCCAAGAGAUUAUUCCAACUGCUGCAGGCUGCAAAGAUGGAGUACAUCCAUGCGACCGUGACGAUUGGCAAGGGACGCAGGAUUCUUGUGCCAAAGAUCUUGGACUACUUCGCGAGGGACUCCAACUUGUCCUCCCAGGAACUGGUGGAGAUGAUCAAGUGCCAUCUUCCUGAAAGUUUAAGGCUCAUCGUCGACGCAUGCCAGGGAAGCAGUUCUGCAAAACUCAUCGAGUGGGUGCCACACAACGUCUCUUUCAGAUACUUGUUGCCUAGGGACCUUGGAAAUCUCAAGUCUCAUUAAGAGAAUAAAACAUGCAUUAAUGUAUGAAUCCUUUGUAAAAUUGUUGCUUUCCAAGUAAUUAACGAUCGUUUUGUUAA